UGGCUCCAUGUCCGGAAACAGUCUGGGCAGAGAUUGUAACGGUCUGAAACUCUUCUCAGAGCUCUCUGGUGUCGCUUUUUGACCUCCAAGAUGAAGACACUUGUGUUUUUGCUUGCAGUCGCUUUCUGCUUUGCAGUUGGUCAAACUCUGAAGUGCUACCAAUGUCAAAUUGGCUUUUGGAACCUGUGCUUUACCAAAGAAGUCACAUGCCAAGAUGGAGAAAAAUGUUUCAGCGGUGACGGGAAAGCAGCUGGUUUUGUCAGUGUCAAAAUGAAGGGCUGUCUUGUAGUGGCUAACUGCAACAAGACUACGGAUGAGUCGAUCUCCAUCAGCAAUUCCAGCGCCACCCUGUACAAGAUGACGAAGACGUGCUGCAACACAGACCUGUGCAACGGUGCCCCAGGCCUGCCCGGGGCCUCUGGGCUGAGCCUGGCCCUCGCCACCAUCUCCGCUCUGUUUGUGGCCAACAUUUUGGUUUAACACAAUGAAACAAAGUGCACAAAUGCAAAACGAACCUUUUUGUACAAACAGCACUACAACAUCUAAAUUACUUUAGCAUUUUUUUUUGUUUUUUGUUUUUUUCUGAUCUAGUUUGUGGGUUUGUUGUUUUUUUAAAGGGGGGGGGGGGGUGUUUUUUGUAAGCUGACCUCCCUUCUGUUUUGCAUUUUUGUACAUGCUUCAUCUGUUAUUUCAGUCACACAACUGCAUGACAAAUGUGGCCAAAAAAAAAAUGGUGUGCUAAAAUUCACAAACUUAGUCACAAGAUGGGUAUUUCUAGUUUACCAUUUGCUCAAGUUGACCCGAGAUGGAAAUGAUUAAAAUUGGUACUACUCUCACAUUUGUUGGUUCUGAACCAGCAUUGGUCAGAGGAUUAGCUUAGCAUGGCUUAACAUGGACUGGGAACUGCUAAAACUAUUUGCUCAAUCAGGUUCACUCGCAUAUUUAUGCACCAUUUUUCGGAUACUACUGCGCAUGCUCAGUAUUUGGUAGUCUAGAUUUAUUCAUACCUACUUUCAGUUCUUUGACAUCGAAUCGACUUUGUCAUUUGUGCAUAUUUUGUUGCCGUCACCAGCUAUGGCCUCCUUAUCCAACAAGAAAUUAUUGGAAAUUAUUCUUACGUUUGAUCUUUGUUUUUACUUUUGUCAACUGUUGGUCUUCUGCCAAUAUAUUCUACCGCAGCUACCAGAAAUGGCUAUGAAUGUAAUUGGGAAUGGGGUAUCUGACUUGGCGUAUGAGCAUUGGUUUCCACUAAAAGGUCCAUUGCAAGUGUAAAAAAACCAAACAUUUAAUGUAUAUUGCUUUAAAAACAAAUAUUUUAGAUGGCAACAUGUUAGCAGUUUGUGUCUCUUGAGCCCCUUUUCCAUUAGUAACAGUACAGCACAGUUCGACUCAACUCGGCACGGUUCCAAGGCUUUUCCACUAGCACUUAUUCAUGGAACAGGUCCCCUUUUCUCUGGGGUUCUAAUCGUGCCGUACUGGCCUUAAAAUGUGACGUCAGAACACUGUCGGUCACUGAUUGGUCAGGGGGUGGAGUCACCGGUUGUUUGAGAAACUUUCACAACAACCCGAACCGCCAUUUGCAAUAACUCGAGGAGGGUCUGGACCAAUUUUUAAGAUUUUAAAAACAAUAAUGACAACACCAUGGGUGAUGGAUGGAGCUACCCCGGUCCUCUCCACCAGAACCUUGGAGCCCCCUCAGGCCGCUCCAAGCACCGUCGGUCACCACGGAGGAUCCUCCGUGCUACCGACCCACAGGAGCCGUUACUGAAAGUAUAAUGGAAGCAAAACUCAUACCAUGCUGUGCCGAGUCAAACCGCUCUGUACCGGUUCUAAUGGUACUAACGGAAAAGAGGCUAUUGUUAGCUAGGCUAACGGUACUUUCAUGUUUUCCAAACAUUCCAGCUAUUCUUUGAAUCGACGGCCAUUAAUCUCCUGAAUUAUUGAGUAAAAUGAGCUUUUGUACACAUUUCAAUUUCUACUCAUUUCAAACUGAACUCUGUUGACCGAAUAUAAACCAAGAUACAUUACCCUGUUGAGUUGGUUUGCAUUUUUCAUGUGUAACCCCUCAAAGCUCGGACAGUUGAUGCUUUUAUUUUUGAUCUAAAAUAGAUGUUUGCCUAAAAGUUAUGGGAUGUAAGCUUACUUUGUUUUUGGACUAUGCAUGUAUGUAAAGCAUAUAUGGUGUUUAUGGAAAACGUGCACUGCUUCAGAUGUUCAGGUGUAAUUGAAAGACUGUUAUGAUAAAUCUUAAGAGUUUACCAUUUGAUAGAAAUGUCUAAGGCCCUCCUUAAGCUGUCUUUUUAAUAUUUUCUCAAAAAUGAAACUCUUUCAGGGAAUUGAUACUUUGAGAAAAUGUUCUUGGCAAUGUUCAAAAUAAACACGGGGGGAAGUAAACCUGUGA